AUGUAUAGAUACGUACCUCCCAUCAAUCCUUCCCUGUAUCCCACACUAGGUAUGCUUUUGACUGUCAUCGGCGUAUUCUUCAUGACGUGGUUUUUCGUCUAUGAAAUAACUGGAACCAAAUACGUUCGUGAAUUAUUUAAGGAAUUGUUAUUCUCGACUUUUGCCUCCGUCUUCAUGGGUGCUGGUAUUCUCUUUGUCGCCCUCUGGGUUGGCAUUUAUGUAUAA